GGUUUGGCGCCGGGAAAGUGUCAUGAAAUUGUCACGGAGGCGAAGGGGCAGUGAUGAUGAUGCUUCCCGCGCAUGUGACGGGGAUUUGGGGUCGAAGGGGCGCUGGUUGGUUCCUUAAUUAGUCCCGAGCUGCAGCCGUUCCGUCACUUCUGAACUUCAUACCAAGUCGGUUGAACCUGCCAUAGUCGCGAUACUUUCUGGGAGUCUUACUACAGCUCGAGCAACAGUCGCGAACCGCAACACGCACUCGCGUGCCCUUUCUAGCCCCUCCGCCAACAUGCUGCGCGCUCCUGUCAUGUCUUCGGCCGCUUCCCGCAAGGCUGCCGUUCCCGCGGUGGCCGCGCGGGCAGGUUGCCGCCGUGUCGGUGCCAUGCGCGUCUUCGCAUUCCAGAAGAGCACUGGGAGCGUACACGACAAGAAUGCCCUGCAUGAGCGCAUCCAAAAAAGCAAGGAGCUGCUGGACGCCGAGAGCGCCAUGAUGUGCUAUCAGUGCGAGCAGACCAAGAGCGGCACCGGCUGCACCGACAUCGGGGUGUGCGGCAAGACGCCCGAGGUGUCGGCGCUGCAGGACCUGCUCAUCUACUCGGUAAAGGGCCUGGGCAGCCUGGCGCACGUGGCCCGCACCUCGCCCGCCAAGAUCGAGGACGCCGCCGUCAACACCUUCAUCAACGGCGCCAUCUUCUCCACCCUCACCAACGUCAACUUCGCAGAUGACCGCUUCCUGGAGUUUGUGACCGACUGCCGCAAGCUGCACGCGCAGCUGGCCGCCAAGAUGGCCGCGGCUGGCGUGGCGGUGCCGGCCGCCGAGACCGCCCACCAGCCCUGGUUUGGAUCCAUGCCGCACCCGCUGGCCUGGAACAGCGACACGCACGUGGCGCUGGCGGGCGUGGGCGACAUGCUCGAGGUGGCCAGCAAGACGGGUGUGAAGGAGCGGCAGCACGUGCUGGGCGAGACUCUGGCGGGUCUGCAGGAGCUGCUGAUGUACGGGCUCAAGGGGCUGUGCGCCUACGCCCACCACGCCGAGGCGCUGGGCCACACCGACCCCGCCGUGUACGCCGACGUGCAGGCCUACCUGCACUUCCUGUGCUCGCCCGCCGCCGCCGAUGUGGGUCAGGUGCUGGACGCCUGCUUCCGCGCCGGCGCCACCAACUUCAGGGUGAUGGAGAUGCUGAGCAACGCACACACCGACACCUUCGGCCACCCCGUGCCCACGCCCGUCACGCUCAACCCCGUGCCCGGCAAGGCCAUCCUGGUGACCGGCCACGACAUGCACGACCUGCACAUGCUGCUGGAACAGACGGCGGGCAAGGGCAUCAACGUGUACACGCACGGCGAGAUGCUGCCGGCGCAUGGCUACCCCGGCCUGAAGAAGUACCCCCACCUGGUCGGCCACUUUGGCGGCGCCUGGUACCGCCAGAAGAUUGACUUCGCGGCGUUCCCCGGCGCCGUGGCGGUGACCACCAACUGCGUGCUGGACCCGCUCACUGCCUACAAGGACAACAUCUUCACCAUCAACGAGACCGGCCUGUCGGGCGUGCCGCACAUCCGCCCCGACGCCAACGGGCACAAGGACUUCACGCCCAUCAUCAACCGCGCGAUGCAGCUGCCCGGCUUUACCGCUGAGUCCGUCGCCAAGAUGGAGAAGAAGCGCGACGUCACGGUGGGCUUUGGUCACAAGAGCGUGCUGAGCGUGGCUCCCCAGGUGAUUCAGGCUAUCCAGGAGAAGCGGCUGGAGCACAUCUUCCUGGUGGGCGGCUGCGACGGCUCGGAGCCGCAGCGCAAGUACUACAGCAAGCUGUACCAGUUCAUGCCCACCAACACCAUGGUGCUCACCCUGGGCUGCGGCAAGUUCCGCAUCUUCGACCAGGACUUCGGCACGCUGCCGGGCACCGACCUGCCGCGCCUGCUGGAUAUGGGCCAAUGCAACGACGCGUACAGCGCGCUGGUUGUGGCGACUGAGCUGGCCAAGGUGUUCAAGACGGAUGUGAACUCGCUGCCGCUGUCGCUGGACCUGUCCUGGUUUGAGCAGAAGGCCGUGGCGGUGCUGCUGACGCUGCUGCACCUGGGCGUGCGCAACAUCCGCCUGGGGCCCCGCCUGCCCGCCUUCCUGACGCCCGAGGCGGUGGGUGUGCUGGUUGACAGGUUUAACCUCAUCCCCGCCAACGUGGCCGACCCCGGCGCGGACAUGAAGAUGAUGAUGGAGUGCAAGUAGAGGCCGCGGAAGGAAGCAGGGGCGGGAGCGGAUGAAGGUUGCAGGGGUGAUAGUGUGGUACAACUUAUGAUGACGUUAUUAAUCGUGAAGUGAACAUACCGUACGCGUCAAUGUCCGUACAUAUGGAACGAACAACAAACAUGCGAAGCGCUAUUCAUACUUGGUUGCAAUGACCCGUAAUACGACCGUACAUGAACGCGUCUCGAAUGGUAUUGAUGGAAAAUUAUAAAUGUUACGUGAUGUCAGAUGUAAUGGCCUGAAGGUGUACAUGAUGGUGCUGCACACCAGAGCGCGUUGGUUGUUUGACACGGGAGGUGGUUGCGUGGCGUACAUUGCGCUCUGCCGCACUGCCGCCAUCACUUCAUCAGUAAUAACCUUCGAAGUGGCAAGCAUGAAGGUACAUGACACAUGUAAUCAAAUCUUGGC